UUAAAGUAGGAAAGUAAUAUUUGUGAUUUUUUUUGUAAGAGAAUUGGACGUAUUGAGUAAAAAUGGCUCACAGAUUUAGUGAUUUUGAGUUAGAAAGCUUAGAAGCCCACAAUGCAUAUCGUAUUCGCCAUGGAUCACCACCUCUCCAGCUUAAUGUUAGCAUGUGUCAUUUUGCCAACGAGUGGGCUAAAAAUUUGGCAGCUAAGGGCCAAAUGUUUCACCGACAGAAUUCACCUUACGGCGAAAAUAUUUAUUUCUCGUAUGGAAAAAUUGUAAACGGAACAACAGCAGUGGAUAUUUGGUAUGAUGAGAUUAGAUCACAUGUAUUCCAUCGCGAACCUGUAAGUCUGGCUACAGGGCACUUCACUCAGCUUAUUUGGAGAGAAAGUCGUCAAUUGGGGGUUGGAAAAGCAACCAAUUCAUCUGGACAAACAUAUGUCGUAGCAAAUUACGAUCCACCAGGAAAUUUUAUGGGAAGGUUCGCACAGAAUGUGCCACCACUAAAAAUAUAAAUUGUAAUUAUGUUAUAAUUUAAUUUUUAUAUUGCUAAAUUAUCUACAACUCAAAUUUAUUAAUAUU